AUGAUUGGAAAGGCACACCCAUCCACUGCAAAUGAUGCAUCUGGGACAUUGCUGGGCAAACCUCAACGAUCACUGCUGGACAAAUCAUCUGGAGUCAUGUACAAGAAAUCAGUGUUCUCUCGAGAUGAAUUAUCGAUCGUUCGAGCUGAAAUCCUCGCGCUGAACCAACUACAGGACGAGUGCUCCUCUUCCAUUGCUCAGAAACGUCGUGGCACCAUGGUUAGCACAAGCAGUUCAAUCUUUCCAGUCCUCCAAUCUGGAAGCCUUCAUCGGCUUGUGGAGGCAUCUGUCGGUGCUCCUGUGGAACUUUCCUUGCACGUUCCAGUUGAAAUACGAGUCUAUGAACAACAGGGUGCAGGCAUGUCGUGGCAUGUGGACGAUGUAAUCUAUGAUCCACCUCAGAUUGAAGUGGUCUGGACCCUGGAAAACAAUUCGGAUUGUCAAACGUUGUGGAAAGACCAACAUGACACUGUCAAGAGUGUUGAAACGGAGCCCAACUCAGCCAUUUUGAUAGCGGCAGGCAAGGCACCACAUUGUGUUACAUCUCUCAAGUAUGGGAAGCGGAUUAUCCUCAAGUUAGUGUACAUUCAAAAAGGAGCACAGUAUCGAGUUGACCGCCACAAGAACCAGUUUGAAAAUAGCAAAAGCGCCAAGAAUAAGAGAAAGCAUCGAAUCAAGUCCAAGAAGAGAUGA